AUGGAUUCAUCUAAGGGAAACAAGUGGGAGAAAAUGAUUUCUUUGGGAGACGAGGCGAUUCUUUUAGAUUUGAGUAUCACAGUGCUCGCCAAGGACAUUGAAGGAAUCAAGAGCAAUUCGAUCUACUUCAAUGGUCGUGAUUUUGAAGAUCAAUAUGACGAAAAUAAUAUCUUCAUAUUCAAUCUUGAUACAGAGAAGGUUGAACGACCGCACCAAUUUGUUUGUUCGUCCAUUCCAUGCUCUAAUGCACGAUGGUUCGUACCUAGUUUUAAACGAGAAUGA